AUGCUGCUCAGAAACAGAUCAAGAGCUGUGACCAAGCCUAGUUUGAUGGGUGAUCACAGCUCCCAGCCAUGUCCAAAUCAGAGUUACAAAAGAACCAUCCCGUCUUUGUUUUCACCAAAAUUCCGUGACUUCUCAGUGAAAUGUCUCUCAGGAGCUGAGGCUUUGAGAAGCCCCACAUCGAUCCUUGACACCAGAGCCUUAACCCCAUUUGGGAAUCCUUUGUCAUAUGAGAAGAAGAUCGAGACUUUUGGCUCCCCAAGAAUACCCUCAGAAAACAGAAGUUCGUGGGACUCAAAAGGCAUUGGUCUUGCUCUUGUUGGUGCACUUAAAGAUGAACCUCUUCCCCACAAUUCAACUAAACCAAGUAGUGCAAGUGUUCUCUUUGGAACCAAACAUAGGGUGAAAAUCCCUCCCCUGGCACUGCCACUACCACCACCUUCAUCAUCAGAAUCAACUGAAACCUCUGCUGCUGCUAGUUUUGCUGCCAAAUCCAAGGAUUCGCAAAAGCAUGCAAAUGAUUCUCCAUUAUCGGUUGCAACAGGUGUUAUGAGUCUGAGUGAGAUGGAGCUUUUUGAGGAGUACACGUGUGUGAUAUCUCAUGGACCUAAUCCUAGAACAACACAUAUAUUCGACAAUUGUAUAGUGGAAAGCUACUGUUCCCUCCCCAAUAACCCUCUCUCAUCUUCACACAAUUUCCUUAGCUAUUGCCACACUUGCAAGAAUCAUCUUGAGCAGACAAAGGACAUUUUUAUUUACAGAGGUGAGAAAGCUUUCUGCAGCAAAGAAUGUCGCCACCAAGAGAUGAUGCUAGAUGAAGCAGGAAUUUCAGAAUUUGACAAAUACUAA